AAUGUCAAAAUGUUACCGCGAUUGACAGAUUAUCGUGUUUUACCACAAAAAAUUAGUAAAAUGAAGGUAAAAUGUGCAGCACAAGUUAUGAGUGAACGCGUAUCUUCUCUGAUGGGAUUUUUAGCUUCCAAAAACAUAAUCAAUUCAGAAGCUCGAGGUACUGCAAGUUUGUGUUUAAUGUUUGAUCAGUUAUUUGAUUCAGUCAAUGGGUCCUACGAUAAAAUUGUUGAUGGUAAGAAGUACAGAACAGCAAUUAAAAAAGGGACUCCUCAUUUUGAAUUGUGGGAAAAAUACUUACCAGUCUUGAAAUCCAUGGUUUUUGUAGACCCCAAAACUGGUAAACAUCAGAGACCACCAACUAUAAAAAAUUGGGAAGUUACCAUUAGAGGUUUAAAAACUAUUUAUCAAUAUUUGCAAACAAAAGGCAUCAAAUCUAUUCUUCCUCGAAAUUUUAAUCAAGAUUCGUUAGAAAAUUUUUUUGGUUCCUCCCGUAACAUUGGAUGUAGAAAUGUUAAUCCAUCUUGCCAUGCAUUUGCAUCUUCUUACAAAACUCUCUUGCUCAAUAGUUUGAUGUCUAUCCACUCUCCUGGAAAUAAUUGUGAAGAAGAUUUUGCUAGCUCUUGCCUUUCCUCUUAUCACGAGAUUUUUAUCAAUUCAAACACAGAAAAUAGUAAUACUAAUGAAAAUAUUGUCUGUCAUGAUUUCCCUCAAAAACCGUGUAUUCAAAAUCAACAUGGAAUUAAUGUUGAAUACCUAACAUCUCAGACCCAUACAUAUAUAUCUGGUUACAUACUUAAAAAAUUAAACUUACUUCUUUUAAAAAAUUGUAGCUGCUUAGCACAAUUAUGCUCAACUCAAUCUAAUAACAAUCACAAUUUAAUAACGGCUCGUGAAUAUUCCCAAACAUUUAUAUCUUUAAAAUACCCUAAUAAAAUAUUUUGUUCUUUGGUACAAAAAGUCAUUGACUUAGUAAGUGAAAAAUUACCAACCAUAUGCCAUACCUUAAAUUUAAAAUCCACUCUUAUAAAUAUAGUAUCUAAACUUAUAAAUUUAAAUAUAUUAAAAUGUCAGUUACAUGAACAAAUGUUUGGUCAAAUAUUUUUAAAUUUUACUAUUAAAUUUUUAAUAUACAAUUGGUGUAACAGUGUGAACAAAAUUUUAAAUGGCAAACAAUCUAUAAAUACAAAUGAAAACGAUCCCAUUAAAAUUUCAGCUUAUGAACGUUAUGUCAAAUACUCAAAAUAUAAAAACUUAAAAAUCAGAAAGUUUUAA